AUGUCUGAACAUGUCGAACUCGGUCAGCUUGGAGCUGCGAAGCUUGCUGGUGUAACACCAAACUACAACGAUUCGCCUGGGAACAUGUCCGAAAGGGAAAGUCGCGUGCCGCUUCUGGGCUCGCCCGGCACGUCGAGGCAUUCCGAUGAAGAGUCUCGGGAUUCUGAUCACUAUGGUACGUCCGGAAGUAAGCGCUCAGCCACGACGACAGUCCUUGAUGCCGACAGCGAUGAAGAAGACGACAACAAUGUCACCAGCGAUGCUCAAGGGGGAGUGCAGCAAGCUGAUGCCAUUAAUCUUGUCUGGUCGCGAAGUGCUCUGAUCCUAGCCUACUGCUUCAUCUUUCUCUGCUCUUUUGCCCAGGCUCUACAAUGGCAGAUCCUCUCCAACCUGACCCCAUACGUAACGAGCGAGUUCUCAUCACACUCUUUAAUUCCGACCAUCGGUAUUGUUUCAUCCGUGUUGAGCGGCGUCUUGAAGUUGCCCAUCUCCAAAGUCAUCGACGCAUGGGGUAGACCUCAGGGUUUGGCCGCCAUGAUUGUUCUAGCAUCCAUCGGCUUGAUACUCAUGGCAGCGUGCCAGGAUGUUAAGACCUACGCUGCUGCUCAAGUGUUCUACCAAGUCGGAAUCAGUGGGUUCUCCUACGUGCUGGACAUCAUCAUCGCGGAUACCUCAUCCUUGAAGAACCGGACGCUCGCAUUCGCAUAUUCCAACACCCCGAAUCUGAUCACCACGUUCAUUGGACCUCCCAUUGCUCGGGCAUUCUACGAGCAGAGCAGCUGGCGCUGGGGCUUUGCAUUUUCCGCGAUCCUCUUCUUCGUCCUCUCUCUGCCCAUCCUGACUAUCUUGAUGCUGAAUGCGCGCAAAGCAAGAAGGCUCGGUUUGUUGAAGAAGAAGACAAAGAAGAGAUGGACUCUGGAGUAUUUGCAGGACAGCUUGAAAGAAUACGACGUUAUCGGCGUUCUAUUGGUCACAGCUGGGCUGACGAUGGUCUUUGUGCCUUUUUCCCUUGGCACGCGUGCUGAGGACCAGGCAGGUCUGGCAGUACUAGUGACCGGUCUAGUACUCCUCGUUGCCUUUGCCUUCCAUGAACGAUACUAUGCCACGCGGCCGGUCAUCGCUUUCUCCCUGUUGUUUUCUCGAAACGUUGCCGGAUCAUGCUUUCUGUCUAUUAUCCUAUUCGUAGCGUACAACGCUUGGGACUCGUAUUAUUCAUCCUAUCUUCAGGUUGUCCACGGUCUCAGCAUUACGCAGGCGGGAUAUAUCGAUCAUAUCUAUGGCUUUGGCUCGUGCUUGUGGGCAAUCCUGGUGGGGUAUUUGAUCAGGGUUACGGACCGGUACAAGUGGCUUGCGUGGGCUGCUCUCCCCGUGCACAUCCUGGGUGGUACUGCCAUGAUCUUCUUCCGACGCCCCGACACACAUGUCAGCCUGUUGGUGCUGUGCCAGGUCCUCAUUACCAUCGGCGGGAGUACACUCGUGGUAUGUGACCAGAUGGCGGUCAUGGCAGUUUGUAGUCACGAAGAGCUAGCAUCGGUCAUGGCUGUGCUUUUGCUGGCGGCGUACGUUGGCUCCGCCGGUGGGAAUGCAUUGAGUGGUGCCAUUUGGAACAGCACUUUACCUAAAGCACUGAGCGAGCUACUGCCAAACUUGUCUCCGCGCGAGUUAGCUGCACUAUGCUCAGACAUCACAAAGCAGCUAAGCUAUCCGAUGGGCGACCCUAUUCGAGACGCCAUCAUCACGGCUUACGACAGGGCACAAGUCAGGAUGUGCAUCACCGGCGCAUUCAUAUCACUCUUGGAGAUCGUAGCCGUGGCUAUGUGGAAGGAUGCGAUAGUCAGUCAGGUGAAGCAGGUCAAAGGCAAGGUGAUCUGA